CCUGAACUCACUAGGUAUCAAUCCCAAUAUCUUCAGUUUGUUCAGAUCACGCCAUCAUGAUUCGCGAACUUGUAGAAUGGGCCCUCCUAGGCGCUACGGUGCUUGUCUUUAUUAUAUUUCUCUUGAAUACCCUGUGGGCAUGGACUACCGAACAUCUUUUCCUUACUACCACGAUCCUCGUCGCUCCGGGGGUCAGCGUCUACUUCCUGGGCAUUGAUCGAGUUAUAUGGUACUACUGUCUUGCCCACUACUUGUCCGAGAGACAGAGCCACAUCAGGAACGCGCUGAGCGAUGUCUGCGAUCAAAAGCACAAUACGUUUCUCCGACGCCUAAUUAGUAGUGACCAAACCGGCAGAAAUAAGGACACUAGCAGUCAGCCGUCGGAACCGCCGAACAGCAAUAGCGACAACGACGCAGAAGCAUUCCCUUACGAACCACUCUCUGGCCCCGAUAUAAGAUUGCUAAAACUCGUGAAGAGUUCUGGCAGUCUUUUAUCUAACCUCUUUUUAAAUUUCCAGCUGGUGCACGUCAGUAUCAAUGACGCCCAAGGCAAUUACUGUGCCGUAUCGUACUGUUGGGGAGACCAAUCAAAGAGCCACACUAUUUACGUCAAUGAUCAGCCUUUCAAAAUCCGCUCCAAUUUGGCUGACCUACUGCGCGAUUUAUGUCCCAAAGAUAGGGAGGGUGCGCUUUACUGGGUUGACGCAGUCUGCAUAAAUCAAGACGACCUGAUAGAACGAGGCAGCCAAGUUUCACGAAUGAAGCGGAUCUUCGGCAGCGCGGGAAGCGUGAAAGCUUGGGUCGGCCAAGCACAUCCAUAUGCCGGAGUCCUUUAUCAUUUCCUGGGUAAUUUACAGUCAUCCGCUCCGCGGGACCCGAAAGAGCUGGAGGCUGAUAUAGAGAGCCUCUAUAAUCGCUACUCAUUCCAUGAGGAAGAGCGACUUCGACUGGUCGAAGCAACAAUGGCCUUCAUUCAGAACCCCUAUUGGUCUCGGGUAUGGGUAGUCCAGGAAUUUGCACUCAACUCCAACCUGAGUGUUCUCUGGGGAGGUCUCGAGUUCAGACAUCAGCUACUCGCUUUAUAUCUCCGGUUCUUGCUCUGGCUCCUGGAAGGAAAGAACUCCAAGCAGCUUGGUCUUAUAAGCGCCCCGAUUGCCCUCACCUUCAAGAACUUGAUGUUUAUCAGAGACACUUACCAGAACCGAUCUGAGAUGUCGCUUAUAAAUCUUUUGAUCCGCUCUAACCAUUCGAAAUGCACCGAUAAGAAGGACAAAGUCUUUGGGUUUCUCAGCCUUGCAAGUGACGGAGAGCAAUAUAUACCCGAUCCAGAUUACCGGGCUGAUUUGGUCGAUCUUCGAUUCCAUAUGACUAAGAGGUGCAUCUCUAGGUUUGAAUCCCUCAACGUCAUUUUACAUGGUCCUCGUGAUGGCUCCUUACCUUCCUGGUGUCCAGCUUUUUUCGACCUUGAUACAUCACCAUUCCGAGAUAGCCAUUUCAUCGGACCACCCAUCGGACAAAAGCCAGGGUUGUUACCAAAUCAUGCCACUGUGGGAGGUUUGAUAAGAGAACUCAAAACACCAGCGCGUCGUGUAGGAACGAUAAGAAGCCUCGGGUGGACAAUCUCGGACGGUAAUACUGAUGUAUUUCCGACUUCUGAUCAAACCGAUAGACUCUCCAAGGCAGGUUUCAUGGUGGUAUGGUCUACGCUCUUGGACCUUCUCGAUGACGUUCGUCAGCAUAUGUCUUCGCAGAACGAACAGCAACGGAAUGUCCCCUCUUCCCAAUUCCCAAAUAUUUCCGGACCCCUGAUUCAGUCACCGCAUCUAAGAAAAAUAUUGUCCAACUGGUUGAAGAUGAAGGCCCGCCGGAGGGAGGAUGAAGGGCACCGUCAGCAGCAAUGGAAAGUCCCCUCUUCCCAAUCCCCGAAUAUUGUCAGAGCAUCCCGGUUCCGGUCACCUGAUCCAAGAAAAGGGUUGUUCAACAUAAAGGCCCGGCCAGAGGAGGAGAAAGGGCAGCACCGUCAGUCCCUGAAACAGGUCUAUGCUUACGCUUUGGCGUCUUUAUUCCACCAAAAUGUUAACCCUGCCCAUCCGGAGGCAUCUCUCCUUGUCAAAUGGGUCUACGUUAAUCGCGAACUCAUGAUGGGUGGCUCAACACUCGGGUGUUAUGCUGCUGAAAUCAACUCUAUCCGUGGCUAUUUGACGCUAGUACGGGGUGUGAAAAGCGAGUUUUCGACAGUGGAACAUAAGACUGUACAAAAUCAACAAAGCGAUCAGCGAACGGAUGCAUUUUUUGGAGCUCUCAUGCACGCAAUUGCGAAGGGUCUGCGUCUCGCAUUGAUAGUUGACGCUAAGACGAAGAAAGGGAGUUUUGGUUGGAUGCAUCCAAAUGCUAGACUUGGGGACGAGGUCUUUCAUAUUCGGGGUUGCUCGAGUCCUGUUAUCCUCCGAACCGUUGCCUCGACAAAAUACAGGAUUAUCGGCGAGGCUAUGGUCAGUGGGUUUAAGGAUGUGGAGGGAGACAAUUCCAGCGCAUGGGAGUGGAAAACAAUUGUGUAGCUCGACGUUAUUCAACACUGAGAGAAGCGAAUCCUCCAGCAAUUCCUGCAUAUUCCAGUGCGACAUUCGCCCCGGCGCCCAGUAGUAUCUUCACAACCUUCUCAUGGCCAUGAUCUGUCCUGGAAUUGAUUUGUCUGGGUGUAUAUGUACAGUACAGUGGUUCCCGAAACUGCCCUCCCCUUUGCUAACACAUUGCAACUCUCCCGCCCCCCCAAAAGCUGAGGAUAGAGCUGGGUCACGCUUUCCCAAUCUGACAUAGUUCGACUAACCUAACUACGAAU